AUGGUCGUCGUUAAGCGGCGAGCGCGGUGCUGGUUCGAGGCAGGUGGUGCGCAGAGGCGAGGGAGCCCCGUGUGGGGCGGCGGGUGCGUGGCGGCGCCGGGGCGCAGGGCAGUGGGCACGCGCCUCCGCGCCGCUUCACACUUUGCUCUGAUGCACGACGACGCACAUUGUCUUACAGCAACUGUUCUUGCGGGAGAAGAUUCACGUUCUGCCAAGCUUUAUUGGGAGCGAUUACUGCAGUAUGAGAUCAAUAACCAAGAAGAAUUGAUGAAUCGCUUAUUCGUCUAUCUAGGCUCUAAA